AAGCCGUUUUGGCCCAACCUCUCCUUUGCAGAGCUGUGCUGCAAAAGCCGCAUUAGCUUUCCAUUGUUAGAAUGCAGGGCGGAUAUGGUGGCGGGUUUGGGUAUGGCUACCAGCAAGGGUAUGGCUACGACCCAAACAUGAUGUACCAGCAACAGCAGAUGUGGCAGCAGCAGCAGCAAGCCUACAUGGCACAGCAGCAAGGCUUUGGUCAGCCUGGAGUUGGCCCAGGCCAGCAGGGCCAGGGCUUCGGCCAGGGCUUCAACUCCAAGGGUUUUUCGGGAGAAGGCCAACAAGGUGGCAAGUCUUCUGGAGGAAAAGGUGGUUUUGGAGCAAGCGCAACUUCCGAGCGAAGUAGCAAGGGCGGCGGUGGCAAGUCCGGCAAGUCCGAGAAGAAGCCGGAACCCAAUGAAAUGACCUUGGAUCAAUAUCAAGCCGAACAGAAGAGGAAGGCAGCUGAGAGGAAGGAAAAACAGCUGAAACAGCAGGAAGAGGCUAGAGCAGCAGCAAAAGCACGGGCGGCAGCCUUUGAACGUGGCGAGCUGCCGGAGCCUGAGACCAAGGCUGAGGCCCCAAAGACGGAGCCAAAGGCGGUGCCGGCAAAAGAGGAACCCCAAGAAGUGCCGCAAGCUCAAGACGAGCCUGAGGAUUGGGAAGCAGAGGCGGAGAAGGACGAACCCAAAAUUGAAGAAAAGCCAAAAGAAAAAGAACAGGUGAAAGAGAAAGAAGCACCAAAAGAGACAGAAGAGCCGUUGCCAACGGUUAAGAAGCAAGAAAGGCAGCCUGAAGUUGCCCCUCCGCCUGAAGAAGCUGUAGAGGAGGAGGAAGAUGAGGUGAAACUGGAAUCGGGGAAAGAUUCAGAGAAGAAGAUUCCAGACCCCCGCCCACAUCUCAAUGUUGUGUUCAUUGGCCAUGUAGAUGCUGGGAAGUCCACCACAUGCGGCAACAUUUUGUUCUUGUGUGGCAUGGUGGACGACCGCACAAUCGAGAAAUACAAGCAGGAGGCAGCAGGGAAAGCAGGUGAAAGUUGGUUCCUUGCCUUCAUCAUGGACACCAGCGAGGAGGAGAAAGUCAAGGGCAAGACUGUCGAGGUGGGGCGAGCAGCCUUUGAAACUCCAAACAGGCGUUUCACAAUUCUUGAUGCUCCCGGGCACAAGUCUUACGUGCCGAAUAUGAUUGCCGGAGCAUCAGCAGCAGAUGUUGGUGUCUUGCUCAUAUCUGCCCGGAAGGGUGAGUUUGAGACUGGCUUCGAGAAAGGGGGACAGACUUGCGAACACGCACUUCUUGCCAAGACCUUAGGAGUUGACAAGCUGGUGUGCGCAGUGAAUAAGAUGGAUGACCCUACGGUGCAAUGGGACGAGAAAAGGUACAACGAGAUUGUCAAAAAGAUUGGCGCCUUCUUAAAGAAGAGUGGCUACAAGGAUGAACAAGUGAUAUUCUUACCAAUGUCCGGCUUGAUGGGUGAUAACAUCAAAGAGAAGAAGGGCACUCCUUCCUGGUAUGAAGGCCCGACCUUGCUUGACGCCCUUGACGGCAUCACAGUACUUCGCAAGGCCGAAGGACCUGUCAGAAUUCCAAUGAUGGAGGGCUACAAAGACAUGGGUGCUGUCACUGCGAUCGGAAAGGUUGAGCAGGGUACCAUAAAACCCGGCAUGAAGUGCAUCGUGAUGCCAACCUACAACAAGUGCACGGUGACCUCAGUUUUUAUCAACGACGUUGACAUGCAGUAUGCAACGUGCGGCGAAAAUGUGACCUUGAAGAUGUCAGGCAUCAGCGACGAAGAACUCAAAAAGGGCUACGUCCUUUGUGCCGACAAAACCCCAAUUCCUGUCGUCUCCAAGUUCAAAGCCACCAUCCAUGUGAUUGAGCUAGGCCCGGACAGACCUGUCAUGACUUCAGGGUAUGUUGCUGUCAUGCAUGCACACACAGCCAGUGAAGAGUGUGAGAUUCUAAAGCUCUACGAGACGAUGGUCAUCCAGACCAAAAAGAAAGAGAAGAAUCCACAGUUUGCUAGGCCGGAUUCAGUUGUUGUUUGCAGCAUCAAGCUUGCAAGACCAACAGCUGUGGAUACAUUUCAGUCUUCGCAGCAGCUGGGCCGCUUCACUCUCCGGGUGGAUGGGAGAACCAUUGCAAUUGGAAAGAUUACAGAGCUGCCCAAGACAGCUACUGAAAAUGCAUAAGCUGCCUCCAGCUAGGCCUGUAAGGCAUGUAGACUGUGAUCAAGCAUCAUCCAAACCUAGAGUCGAGAGCUGAGUGCUCAUGCCUGGUGCGUAUCAAUGCUAGGACUGCUGAUGGGAUGAUGACCUUUC